UCGCUUUGCGUGACCGCGGCAGGUUGGUCCUGGAGCUGAUGAGCGCAGAAUAUUUAGGCGAAAGCGAGAGGAGGGGGGGCGUGCGGGGCAGGAGGAGUACCUCGCCAAGAAAAUUAUGCAUGUGUUAGGAAAGCUCUGAGAGAAUGGCUGUGGAAGCUCUCCACUGUGGUUUGAAUCCACGGGGUAUUGAUCACCCUGCCCAUGCUGAAGGUAUUAAACUCCAGAUUGAAGGUGAAGGUGUGGAAUCUCAAUCCAUUAAAAACAAAAAUUUCCAGAAGGUACCUGACCAGAAAGGAACCCCCAAGCGACUGCAGGCAGACGCUGAGACGGCUAAGUCAGCUACGGUGAAGCUGUCUAAGCCAGUGGCUCUAUGGACCCAGCAGGAUGUCUGCAAAUGGUUGAAGAAACAUUGUCCGAAUCAGUAUCAGAUCUACAGUGAGUCAUUCAAACAGCAUGACAUAACUGGGCGAGCCCUGCUGAGACUUACUGACAAAAAGCUCGAGCGAAUGGGGAUUGCCCAGGAGAACCUCCGGCAGCACAUCUUACAACAGGUGCUCCGGCUGAAGGUGCGAGAAGAAGUCAGAAAUCUACAGUUACUCACACAAGCCUCAGCCGAGGGUUCUCCAUAAACACGGUUAGCCUUCCAAGCUGCUGUCCUGCCAGUUGAUAUGAACAUGACCUGUUCCUCACAGAAAGACUAACCCAUGGCACUGCCAGAAGAUAUCCUUGGAACAUGGACAAUUUAACUGGAUUAAGUGAAAAAACAUCCAUUCAGUAAAGAUUAUGGGCUUUGGAAAAUUCUUACUUUGCUAUGGAUUUAAAAUGAGGUGCAUAAUAUACAGUGCCAAGUCGUUCCAAGUGGUCAUUGGCAGACCAUUAGCUGGAAAAUUGCUUCCAGUUUUCAUCACUGUGCAUAACUCAAGUUCCCUUUGGGGAGCUGUCUGUGCCCUUCACUAGAGGUCCUGUUUUAGCAUGGCAACUACUGGAUUAUUUUAUUGUGUGUGCAGAUGGCAUGAUGUUUUAGAAAAAAAAAAUUACAGCAGUUUUGCAAUCUCAGUGGAAGUGUUCACAAUAUUAUGCCCUGGUAGGAAUGUAAACAUGUCUCGAUUGUGUUAGUUAUGAUGUCUAAAGGUUCUGUCCAACUCUUAAGCACUUUAUAUGAGAAUACUACACCAAGAUGAAUUAGCACGUUCAGCACAUGUGAAAAAUCAAGUAUUUUCUUUUUACAUUUAUAAAUCUUGGUGUUUUUUUUUUUUUUUCUCCUGGCUCAGACUGUCCAAGACAAACUCCACUGCUAGCAUAUCCCCAGUUGUUUGUGGUAGGUUGAUGUAAAUAUGGCCACGAUACUGUUAGACUUCACCUCUGGAUUCUUUACUGAACAACUGGUUUACUUGUAGCACCAAAGGGAAGCAGAAGGGGUCUAGUGACUGUGAUAUCUUAGCUUGCUUCUUUGUUCACAGGCAAGUUGACCACAGGCACAUACAGGUACUCAAAUACAGGAGGCUUCUAUUUGGCUAAUGUAGGUAUUCUGUAGAACAGUUCCUCCAAAGAAAAAAAGGGGAUGAUGUUCUUUUAAUCAAAGGCCGUGGCGAAUGAAUAGUAAGGGCAACAGAAUGCAAUUCUUUUGUGUGGUCUGACUUUAACACUUCGGAAAAAAUUCUAAGUCAAGUUUAAAUUGCCAUUCUCUUAAGAGGGAAACAUCAAGUGACCCCACUACGUGCCUAGAGAAGGAAGCAUCAAGUCCUAUACUAGGUUCCUUGCUUAGUGUAGAACCUACUAGUCCCUUUUAAUCUUUUCUGGGAUGACUAUUUUUUUUUUAACUAGGUCUUACGACAAAGCACAGCCCUGGGAAACCAGUCAACUUAAUUAUCGCUUAUCUUUAAGCAUUACAGACAUGUGCAUAUUGACUUGCUACAUAACACUGUAGCAUGUUUUUUUCCUGAAAAAUAUAAAGUUGGCUGAGUGGAAAGCUCAGCGCAGUAUGUUCCUGUGCCCACUGUCCCAGCCUGGGACUGACAGGCAUCAGAGGCUUUUCUUUAAAAUACGUGUAACCGCUUCUGGAACACUUCCAAUGCAAGCAAGCUUGAUGUUUUAGGGUGUCUCCAGAUACAUAAGCAUUGUCUGCCUCCUCUCAGGGUCUCAGGAAAUACACAGCCUGUUGGAAACCACCCCCGCCUGAGAUUUGGAAACCUGACAGGGAAAGGGAGGAAGGUCCAAAUGAGUCAGCAGCAGGAUGACUCACCACAAGCCUGUUAGGCUGCAGAGCCAGAGAAGGGGGCUUCCAACAAGGAACUCAGAGAAAUUUCAGUCACCACCAAGAUCUGGCCCUUUGACAGGUCAGCAGCAGGACUGCCAGGCCCUCUGCAGAACGUAGUUCUCUUCACAUCCAUAAUUAGGGAGCCAAACUCCAGCUGCCAACAUCCUUGGACACAAUAUUCCAGUCUCCACUGCCCAUCUCUUGUGAUCAGUUCUAAUAGCAGGUCUUCUUCCUCCUUUCAUCCCUCCCUUUAUUCAGCAAGCAUUUGUUGAGCAUCUACUAUGUGCCAAGGAUUGUGCUUAGGUAACAAAGUGUACAAAGCAGACUUCCCACCUGUCCUUAUGAAACUGUAUCUCCUACUCCCAAACAUUAUCGCCACCCCACCUUUUCCACAGUGAAAACUUAGACAGCAUCCUCCAUUUUGCAAGAAUAACCUAGGAAGAAGAACAUGGCAGCAGACAGCUCCUCAGGGAGUAGGCAGCAGAAUGAGAGGUAGUAAACUGCAUCAGGCUCCAUAUUUGCACCUUUCAGGUAUAGCCAGCUCUUCCAGGGCCCAGACUGAGUUGGUUCGAGCUCCCAAAAGCAGCAUUCAGUUGCUUUCCUCGAUAUCCACCCUGGGCACCUAUAUUCACCACUACACUGCAUUAUCUAAAACUCCAAUUCUAUAACUAGUCCAGGGGACACACAAUUAAGUCUGAUGAAGCCUAAGAACUGCCAGGUGCUGAGAUAUUGUAACUUAGAAUGAAGGUUUAACCAAGGACAUUCUGAGACCACUGCUGACUCUCUUGGAAAACUGGACAUGCUUUUUAGUGCAGACGUUCAUUAAAUGAUGGUGGUUCAUUGUUACUUGCUUUGGUCUUUGCAAAAUAUUCCGAAUAAUUAAAUAAGUAGAGUUUCCUAGUUUGUCUCUGUUUAAGCCAAACAAGUGUUGUAAAAUUAUUGAAAGAGGAUGGGUGAAGAGGGGCCUAGGAGAAGGCAAAAUGAAGACUAUUAAAGAGCCCAGGUGAAGACUGUGUCUCUAAAAAUGCCUUAAUGCCUUGCACAUAACUCUGUGUUUGCAUAUGAACUACUCUUUUCCAAACAGUCAACCUCUGUUUGAAACCACUUUGGGGGAUAGUUUUGGAAACAUGGCGGCAUAAAAUCCCAAGAGUUAAACCAGCACGAAGGAGGAACAGCUUUAUUUGCAGGCUUUGGCAUCUUUAUUACAUGGUGGUCCUCUGUGAUCUCCCAUGGUUACCUUCAGCUGUGCUGUACUUUAUUCCCAAGAUGCGUGUAUGAAAUGUGACCUCCUAGAAAUCCAGAAAUGACAGCAGUGAGUUUUGUUUAGUAGGAAGCAAGAGAUGGGAAAGUAAAGGAUACAUAUUUUUAUGUCUAAGGACUGUAACCUGUUGAUGCUUGACUUUUCCCUUUACUUAAACCUAUGCUACACCUUUAUUAAAAGACUGACAGCCAGACUUGUACAGGAAGGGCACUCUUGGGAAUGAACAGAAAUGAAUAAUUAUCAUACUUUCCAUGGUGCCAAGGGGAUUCGCUUAUUUCCGCUCUAGAACUGAAUAUGCAGCAUUGCCAGUCCUGCUAGUGUGAAAAGCAAAUCACUUCAGUAGUUUGAGACCUACCUAGGGGAAUAGAGAUCCUAUCAACUUUCUUUGUGGGUAAUGGCCUACCUUCAAAUCCCUGCUCAGCCUCUGUGAGGUGUGCACCUGCAGAUUUCACUUCUACCUCCAGAAUCCUGGCAGACAAGCCAGGAAUCUCUCCAGAGUCACUUCUCAGUUGCUCAGACAGAGGCUAACAGUCCUACCUGAGGAAAUUCUGCCAUUUUUAACAUUCAAGGAGAAAGGGAAAAUCAGCUGUACGUGAGAAUAUCAACUAAGGAUAAAAACCUCUAAUAGAUUCCCCCUCGUUACUUGCAAAUGCUUUCUUUGUCUGCAAAUGUCACAUAACUGAUUUUGGAUAGGAACAAUAAAAGUCUCAAGGAAGUGAAGUUUUUAAGAACCCUUUAGCCCUUUACUUUCACCAAAACCUUCUCUUUCUUUCCAGUACAUUAGCAGUUUCCUUCUUUGUGCUGUUUUCCUCUACAUUCUUUAGAAUAAUUUUGUUACUUGAAAACUAGGCUUGUCAAUUGCCUUAGACUGUUUUUAAAAAUCUAAUCCUUGAAAAUGACAUAAAUUCCAUUAUUGCUUUAGGGCUGUUUUUAUUCACCCCUCCAACCCCUUCCAGUGCACAUUUUAGGGUGGUUUUUUUUUCUUUUCAUCACUCUUUCUUUUAAUAUGAUGCUGUGGGUAGAUCUCAAGAAUUCCAUAAAGUACUCAACAAAAAAACGGAGUCGUCACCUUUUUUCCCCAGUCCUAACAAUUUCUUCUUAAACUUGAUCGUGGUGAGAACUUCCUGCCCAAAAAGCAGUGGGGGUAGGGAUUAAUAGCACUGACCAGUCAUCUGGGAGAUUAAUUAAUCCCAAUGCAGUCCUGAGAUGAGGAAAGAGGACAGGCUAGGAGAUGUUUCUACUCAGGGCACCACUAAGGACUCUAUUUCAAAGCCAGAUCCUGCUCCUUAGUCUUUUUAGAUCUGAAUCUAAUCCUGAAGCCAGAGGAUUAUCCUAUGAAUUCUGGUUUAUGAACUCACCCAAUUACUGGCACCACUGCAUAGCUUCAAGGUAAAAGAGAGCUGUGUUUCUAUUAUUUUGCUAUGGUGGCUUUUGGGAAGAUGGAAAUCAUUCUUUUGAAAGUGGGAAACUUGAGGAAAAGCUGGCUAGGUGCAUGGGAAGGUUCUGCCACACCUCAAUAUAAAGAAUAAGGUAGAUGCUUCUCAUUUGGGGAAGGUAGCUAAAGGGACAGUAACAGUACUGGUGGCCUUCUGGCCAUCAUCUUAGCUCCACAGGGAAAAUUCUGGGUAAGGGCAAGUGCUGUUUCUAAAGUCUAAAUUUUUUAGGGUGAAAUUUACCAGCAACAAAUGUAAAAGGGAGGAGCCAUCCGGCAUUGGGCUAAUUUUAUACUUCUUGCCCAAGGGCAAAAUGAGAUACGACUUCCAUGAAACAGCAGAAAACGGAUGCCAAAGAUAUCAUAAAACUGAAGUUCGAUUUGCCAUGUAAGGCUAUUUAAAAACCUGAUGCACUUCAAGCAUUUUUCUUUCAGAGCUUCCCUCCUACAAUUAUAUCAAGCACAAGAAAGCACCAACAGCAUACACUUAAUGUCAUGUAAAAGUAACCAUAUGACUUGUGUUGAAUUAUUAUUGGCUGGUUGACAUAUUAAUAAGUGUCAUAGAUAGACAUUAUUACUGAUCAUACAAAAUUCUUUUCAUAACCUGGAGCCAAUGGUUUGGGAGGUUUAUUUGUUUGUUUGUUAUUUGUUGUGUUAUUGUUUUCCAAACCUCAGAUAUUUUGAGGCACCUUAGAAAGGCUCUUAAGCCAAGGCCUUUUGCCUCAUAUGCAGAGUAUUAAGAACAGCCCUACUGAUGUGAACGUCAAGGAGGUAGGCUAUUAAAUUAAUCCAACACUGGAGAUACUGAUACCUCAAACAAUUAAAACAGUGAAGACUCUGCUGGUGGCCUUCCACAUUGUUUGCAGCCUUUUAAAAUUCAGUCAUUUGGAUCAAGGGAAAUAAAUGGUUGGUUUCACAUGGUUUUUGCCACAUUAGCACAGACACAGCUAUCAAAUGUGGAAGUCAAGGCUGAGUGGACGCAUGAGAGCAGACAGAUCUGUUUUAUAUGAUUGCAUUUAAUCACCACCAAAUUCUGUAAAAAUAUAUUCAAAUACUUAAUGCAAAAAAAAAAAAAAAUUCCAAAACAGGAGACUGUUACUGGCUCAUGCUUUCUCUUUGGGUUAACUGAUCUUGAAGAUAACCUUGUAGAAAACUUUGCUUGGUUAAAUGUCUCCAGCACCUGGGACUUGGUCCUGUCCCAUUCCACAAACUGAUGAUGGUCUUCUCCCAUCUCCUCAGAGGAGUUAGCAUGGCCUCUAAAAUAGCACAAAUGCCAUGAAAAUACCUUUCUAAACUCUAUAGAGACUUCCUAUCCAAGUGUAAUUCCAAGAAUAUGAUUUGAGUUUGAGCGUGCUGGUGGUCCUUGAUUCUAUGAUUCUAUGAUCCCUAAAUCAAUCAGUUCUAGUUCUUUACAUGUGUGUGUGUGUAUUUCUAGUAAUUUUUUUUAACCACAAUUAAGUGCAUUUAGCAUGUUUGCAUUGGGAACUGCCCGCUGGCUCUGUUCCUGCUUUUGACAAUCCCCAUGUCCAGAUCCCAUACAGUGCAUUUGAGAGAGGACCAAGGUUAUGUUUCCCCACAAAGCAGCUGCUGCAGAGGUUUUGAAGUGCCUGACCCAGUUCUUUUUCACAUCAAAAGGGCCUUCAGUUACAGAUGGAAACCUUAAGGAUGAAUGUAGAGUGGGGGAGGAAAUGCAUGUUUGAAUGCUGGAACCUUUGUCUUUUUUUAAUUUUUAUUCAAUUCCCACCUCAGAUCACCAGAAAGGGAAUCCUCUUUGGUGGGUGUUAGCCCCCACUGGAGGUAAAAGGGGUUCUACUUGCUUAAACUCAUGCACAUAGGCAAUUUUAGGGCUCUCUGGGGCUUUGAAUGGUUUCUCCACCACUAUUUUUCCUCCACCAAUAGAAAGAUGCUGUCCUUACAAGGCGAUGUUUGAGGAGACCAUGGUUUAACUAGUAAAAGAAGUUCACAUUGCAGAGAGCUGAAUAAUACCAGGCUCUUGACUUUGCACUGUGUCACAGUCAUGUCUGGGACAGAAGGAACCAGUCUGCUGAAAAGCCAAGCCAGCACAAACAUUUGGAGACUAAUUCCACCGAAACUCUUGUAUCCUUAAAUCAUACUACUGUAGUUUCAGUUAAUGUAAUUAUUUAAUACCAUUAGACGCUUAAUUAAAUAGCUUUGCACAAAAUUUUAGAAAAGAUCAAUCUUGUAACAAAAUUCCAUAUUAACAGUAAAAAGCACCUGAGAAAA